UCAAAACAUUUCAACGACCUAAUGGCACCUUCAAAAAAAGGACGCAAGAAAGGUACAGCACCAUCUCGGCGAACUCCUCCUCGUGCACCAAAAUCUGCUGUAAAGCGACCAGUGUCCUCUCCACCUUCUGUUAAAGAUACAGCUUCCAAACAGCCUAAAAAUCCCAAGCUGCAUUAUGAAGUUCUCCCAACCCCUGCCAAAUCUAGCAUGGAUCAAAAUAACUACAAACUGUUAAAGUUACGAAACAACAUUAAAGUACUCCUCAUACAACAACCCACUAAACCCAGCCAACCAUCAUGUUGUCCAAGAAGAAAGGGGGCUCAAGGUAAAGGCGACAUUCCUUAAAUGGUCAUCAUCAUGUAAACAGAUUGAUUUCAUGUUUGCUAUAAUAUUUACAGGUCUCAUCAUUGACUCGGAAUUGUCGACCUUUCCUCCCUCUACAUUCGGUUCCCAGUCUCUGACCGAAAAGUCGGAACCAAGAUCUUUUCUUCUGCCUUCUCUCACAGAGCCCUCGUCAACUAAAAAGAGUUGGAAGUCGUCCCAAUUCAUAACUAAUCCCUCAGAAGUCGACCGUUUAAUUCAAGCGUGCACUGAAGAUGGAUCAACUCGAGAUUUGGGAUGUGGACCAAGUGAUCCCUGUCAACUGGGGGCAGAAAAAGCAGAGUCGGAAGAUGAAGCGGUGUCAGUUUCUCUGGUGAUCGGGGUUGGUUCGUCCCAAGACUAUAAACACCGUUCCGGAUUGGCACACUUUUGUGAACAUAUGGUCCACCACGGGUGUGAGAAAUUUAAAGAGGAAGACUCGUAUUUCAAAUACGUCAUGACAAAGGGUUAUGAGUUCAACGCUUACACCGCUGCUACUUUGACUGCGUACUACUUUAGGGUUCAGGGUGCCCAUUUGGAACAAGGACUUGACUUACUAUCCAAUAUGAUGGCUGAACCCACCUUUGAAGAAAAUAUGUGUAAACGAGAGGUCCAAGCCGUCGAUAAUGGUGUGAACAUGAAAUCACUUAAAUUACCCAUGAAUAGAUAUUUUAACUGA